CAUCGUUGCAACACCAUGUGUCCGUUGUUACCAGCAACCAAGUACGGACGCGUCCAUGUCCAGAGUCUUCAGGAUUUAUGUGAAUGGAGACGGAGACCGAAGCAAAAUUAAUCAUUCGACGCGUGUGCAUGGAGACGGAGACGGGAAUCUGCAACCUCCCGGCGGACUGCCUCGCCCUCGUCGCCUACCUGACCUCCCCCGGCGACGCCUGCAGGCUGGCGGCCACCGCCACCGCUGACUCCGACGAGGUCUGGGAGAGCUUCCUCCCGGCGGACAUCCUCGCGCGGUGUAGCACUGCCGGCCACCGCGAGGAUGAAACAAAGAAGGAGCUCUUCUCCCGCCUCUGCGACUCCCCCGUCCUCCUCGAUGGCGGCAAGUUGAGCUUCUCGCUGGACAGGCGUAGCGGCGGCAAGAAGUACAUGAUACCGGCCAAAGCUCUGUGCUACGGGUGGAGUGGCUACCUCGCCUGGUCACGCUGCCACCCUCACUCCAGGUUUUGCUUUCGUCGUCCCAUUUCGAUAAUUUCGGUUGAAUUUCUGUAAUUCUUAUACUCCUUCACCUUGCUCAUUUUGUAUACACUAAUUAGCACUUAUAAUUAUAUAUAUUGUUCUUUUUUGUAAAAGAAAAUGCACAUUCCCAUUAUAAACUUGGCCAAGUACCGUAAAACUAGGUGUUCGAGAUCUACAAAACUUUAAUUACAUGAUGUUCACUAGUGAUAUCUCUCUCUCAAAAGACGAUAAACAAUUAUACUUGGGUAAACA